CUACCACCACCACCACCACCACAAAUGAACUGGAAGAUUUUCUAAAAGAAUAUGAGGGAAAUUUCAAUCAUGUUUACGCUCCUCCAAUUACAACGAUUCCUCCAUCUCACAUGAGACCACCGGUGAUAGAUCCCAGACAUGGCCAGCAACAACAACACCAACAACAGUUAAGCCAGUAUCCAUCAGUACAAAUAUUGGAGCAUAUUAUAAUUCCUGCGCCGCUACCCCAGGCAAAUACUCAAACGCAGCCGUCAGAAAUGGUAGCUUUACAUCCACAAUCCGCGAUGGGGGACAUGCAUCAAUUUCCAAAUAAUCCAGCUCAACAACAACAACCAAAUUUACCACUACAGCUACCUGUAAAUAACGGCGGCAACAAUCACUUUCAUGCCCCGUUGCCUAGGGGGGAAAAAGAUAUGCAAUUACUAAGAGAAUUUUAUGAACACGUCUCGCCGCCGUCUUCAGCAGCCAUCGACCAAGAAGAGGCGCCACCACCACCACCGCCGCCGCCAUCUCAUGAAUCGCCCAGAUGGCACGAGCCGUCCACACCCCAAGAGCUGGCGAUGUUAUCAAUGGGGUGUCUGGAGAAGAUGCUGACAAUUUUCCAGGCCAGACAAAGAAAUUCCCAACUCCAGACGGAGCGUUUAGAACGGGAAUUGGCUGCACCACGGCUUCAAGAUGAAAACCUGCAUCGAGACAUGAAGUUUAUUAUAAAUUACAUGCAAUUUUUAAAGAAUAGCUAAUUUUUCUUUUUAAAUUUAAUUUCACAUUUGUAAUAGUAGGUACUUCGGUAGGUACUUACGAGUAAUAAGUAAAACAUUAAUGUAAUGUAGCUAAUUUUACGUAGAAAAUACAUGGAUUAUUUAAUGCGAUUGUUGAUAUUAAUUAAUUUAGUUUACCUGCCACAAACAUUCACGGUAUAACUUUAAAUGCAAUAUUUACGUACCUACCUGAGUUCGAGUGAGAAUACUAAUCGAAUUAAUCAUUAUCACAAAGAAACACCAAAAUUAUUUUCCACAACACAUCGCGAAUCGGCGAAUAUCACUGUGCAAUGAAAUGAGUGCAUACGCAAGUCGACAUAAUGCGAGCUGAUAAUUUUCUAUUUUUACCAAAUGCGCGAUACCAAGCAGAACGUCUAUUCACG